GCAGCGUUGACACUUGACAGUAACAUAACAUCACCUCACCAGAAUUACUUGCUAUGAUCCUGUGUAAACGGUUCAUCCUUUUGAAAGCAACCGUAAUUAUUUCGUUAAACGAUCGUCUUCUAAUGUUUUUGAGUUUUAUUUCAUGAUGAGAAAAUGUUGAACCCGAACGUAAUGCGUGCUACUGAUGCCUCCAGAAAAUACCUCUUCUGGUGUAUCAACGAGCACAUUGAGUUCCGAGUGCCGGAACUGAAAUCCAUUGCAUCCCUAUUCAAAAUCCCAUUGAAAUGGGCAGAAAAACCAAAGGAAGAUCCAUUUGUGAUCUUAGAGAUGGAAAGUGAGCAAGAUGCCAAGAAACUGGUCUCCCGUUGCAUGCUGGUGAAGGCUUGCUAUGAGCUCUGGGGCGAUGGUUGCUCUUCAGAAGAAAUGCACAACAACAUCAGGCAGCAGCCACAAAGUUUGUACAAGCCCCACCUGGCAAGCCACAAGAGCUUCCGUGUCACAGUUGAAGGCUUCAACAAGUCCCUCAGGAGCUCUGAUAAGCUUGCUAAGAUUGAGUCACUAAGUUAUUUACCAUUUGAUGGCCCCGUGAACCUGACGAACCCUGACACGAGGCUUGAUCUCAUUGAGUACUAUGGACUGAGCAACGUCGAUGUCCCCGAUCAGCCCUAUAGGGUGUUCUUGGGUCGGCUGCUGGGCAGAGGAUGCCGGGAACUGAUAGCGCAAUACUCGCUGAAGCAACGCAGCUACAUUGGCAGCACCAGCAUGGACGCACAGCUUGCCUUCAUCAUGUGCAACAUGGCGCAGCUCAGGCCUGGCGAUCUUGUUCUCGACCCCUUCGUUGGCACCGGCUCGAUACUAGUGUCAGCUGCCCACUACGGAGCGCACAUCCUGGGCUCAGACAUCGACUUCCUCACCCUACAUGCCCGCACCAAGCCCACACGCGUCAAGCAGAAAGAGCGCAGCGCCCAUGAGAGCAUCUUGUCGAACCUCAGCCAGUACGGCCUGCAGGGCCGCUACCUCGACGUGGCCGUCGUGGACUGCGCCAGAACCUCCUGGCGGCGCGCCCCUGUGCUGGACGCCAUCAUCACCGACCCUCCUUACGGUAUCCGAGAGGCGACGGAGAGAGUGGGACGCGAAAUGUCAGCUGAUGACCAGGAGCUGACGUCGCAACAGAAAAAGCAGCGGAGAAAACAACGCCUGCAGCACUAUGAGACCGAGGGAGUAAAAGACGACUACAGUCAUGAGAUCCCUGUACCCAGCGUUGACGGCUGUGCCGAGAUAACCAAAAUUGAAAAGCAACCGGCCGGCAAGACUCGGACAUCACCAGCCACGGAAGAGAGAGUUGCGGAGAACCGCAGCCGAGACUUCACGAAGCGUCAGGACAACAAGCGCUUGGAUGGCUCCCCACAUUACCCAGCCAAGGUCAACUACGGCAUGGCGGACGUCUUCAAAGACCUCCUCAACUUCGCUGCAUCCAACCUCGUAGUGGGAGGAAGGCUAGUCUACUGGAUGCCCUUCAUUAGAGAUGAAUACAAUAGCGAUGAGAUACCAAGUCAUCCCUGCCUGAGACUCGUGUACAAUUCUGAGCAAGUUCUGAACUCGCAUUCAACAAGGCGACUUUUAACAUACGUCAAGACGAGAGCUGCCUUGGAACAUGAAGUUGCAAAUGCUAACGUACCAGAGUUCAGCAUGGCCUUCAGAGAGAAAUUUUUCAUUGCGGCUAAAAUGUCCCGCGAGGAACGCGUGGCCAGAAAGUGUCUGUACCCUCGCGACAAGAGAGGACAGGGGCUUGGCUACAGAGUAACGGGCUCCUCAAACGAUCUUGAGGACAACGAAUCUCCCACAAACAAUUCUGAUUUAUCUACUGGGAUCAAUGGCUAUUCUAUGUCCGCAGAAAAUUCCCCUGAGAAAGAUUUAGUUGGAGGCGAAGACGUGUCUGGAAAUGUGGAUGUAGAAGUUUCUCAUGAUAUUCCGGCCCAAAAUAAGGAAUCUGUUGCUGUUGAUGCUCUUGAGUAAUACACGUGUGACUGAA